AUGGAAGAUGUUUUAGAUAAGCAAGAGCGAGAAAGGCGAGCAAGAAUGCGCAAAAGAGCUGCAAGCAAAAGGGCGCAGAGAGAACUAGAUGAGCAACUUGGUGUGGCCGUUGCUUUGAUGGAGGAAGAAAACCAGAGCCGUCGUGGUUCACGAGAAGGCCGGGCAUCGAAUGUGGAUAGACAUAGACAUUCUCGGGGGGAUUAUGGUAAUCGGAAAGGGCAGAAAAGCAUCAUCCUCGAAGCGGUUGCCGGUUUUGAUACCUGGGUUUGGCACGCCUUCUUUGGAGUUGCCGGCUCUCAAAAUGAUUUGAACGUCCUGGGUCAAUCCCAUGUGUUCAAUGAUAUUUUGAGAGGUAAAUGCCCAAAUAUCACAUAUCAAGUCAAUAAUACCGUGUAUCAGAACGGGUAUUAUCUAGCUGAUGGUAUCUACCUGAGAUGGACAACAUUUGUGAAAUCAAUUCCACAUCCCCGAUCUCAGAAGGAAAUUUUUUUUGCUGCCUAUCAAGAGGGGUAUAGAAAAGAUGUGGAGAUGUGCUUUGGUAUCCUUCAAGCCCGGUGGGCUAUUAUCAGGGGCGCGGCGCGUCUAUUUGACGAGGAGGUGCUCAGAAGUAUAAUGAUGACUUGUAUCAUUCUCCACAACAUGAUUGUGGAAGAUGAGUAUGAUUACGAUGUUGAUGAAGUGUAUGAGCCAGAUCCCAUGAAUACGACCUUAACACGAAUUUAUGAAAAACCUAUGGGGCCAAAUGGAGAACCAGUGCAGCAUGAUCCGUUGGUUAGAGACGGUACUUUCAUGCAUCGUAUGAUUGAGCGCUACACGGAGAUGCAAUCGUCGUAUAUUCACGAACACCGUCAAGUUGACUUGAUGGAACAUUUGUGGGCGGUGAAAGGCAUUGAAGGUCAAUGA